AUGGCACACUUCAGCGACGCGGCCUCGGCCGACCUGAACCCCUUCCUCAACUAUGGCAUCACCCAGCUUGAGGGCCAGGAGAAUUUCAACACCUGGUCGCGCGACUUCCUGGCUGCUGCCAAUCAUAAGGAUGUCACAGGACUCAUCGAAGGCACCGAAGUUCUGCUCAACAAACCGGACCAUACCGCGUUCACCGAUACCCAGAAGGGUGAGGCACUCUUUCGAUACGCGCUCGAGGAUUACCGCGAACAGCAAAAACGCCUGCGUGAAGCGUUGAGCCUCAUACACUUCAGUGUCGCCCCAUCUAUUCGUCCCCGCCUCUUUGAGCACAAGCUGCCUCAGGCGGCAUAUCAAUUCCUCAAGGCGCAAUACAAAGCAAGCGACUAUCGCGUCCGACAAAGUGCAUACACCAAGAUGGAGAGCAUUCGACUCACUCUCAACAAAACCACAUCGCAGUUUCUCGAUGAAAUCACCGAGUGUCGCUACCAGAUCACGCAAGCCAAAGGACAAUACACCGACGAACAAAUCAUCAACAAGAUUUCGCGAAGCCUCCCAAAGGAUUACGAUGACUUUGUUCAAAACAACAUUUUGAUUGUGGAUACAGCCCCAGCCCUUGAUGACAUCACUGCCAAGCUUCUAGCCAUCGAGCCUCGCAUGAGAGAGCGAGCCAAACAAAACAAGCAGAAGGCUGCCUCCAACAGAGAUGACAAAGAUCAUAGAGAGGGUGGCUCUGGUAAACAAAAUGGUGGCAAUAAAGAUCGUCCUAAGUGUACUGGCUGCAAUCGUUUCGGUCAUGUGUAUGCAGAAUGUCGCAGCACCAACCCCGAUGUCCAGGCCAAACUCCUGGAGAAGAAUAUUGCUGUUAAGCAAGAGAAGAUCACCACUGUUUCUGGUGACAACACCGGCAAUGCUACCAAUGGUAACAAUAAAGCCAACAACAACACUCGUCGCUUUGCUGCACUUGCUGUCGUCGAUCUCGUCGCUGUCAAGACCACUCGCAACAACACCUUCUCUCCCAUUUCUUCAGAGCUCCUAGGUAUGCCUGUCCUUGCUACCCACCGAAUCCACGCUGAUCCCAGUAUUCAGGUUGAUUUUUCAACUGAAGUUUUCGCUGUGGAAGGAUCGGGGGAGCAGGUCUCAGACAGUGCAUAUCAUGGGGGAGUCAGUGCUACGAUGAGUAGACAGACUCAGGAUGUAUUUCUGGCAGCAGACAUAGCAAACAUCGAUAGAGCCUCAUGGCUGAUGGAUUCCGGCUGCAAUGCUCAUAUUAUUAAUGACAUCCGAUUCUUCAUUGAGAUGCAUCCACUCAGUCUCGAUAUCAGCACUGCUGAUGGAACUGCCUCUAUGCCCGUUAUGGGAGAAGGUAGGGCGGUAAUCUCUGUGACAACUCCUGAAGGCGAGCUUGUCGAGAUGGAGUUUGGUAAUGCGCUUUACGUGCCUAACUCCCGAUGCAACCUUGUUUCCAUGUCGGCAUUGAGCAAGAACGGCAACUUUCAUGGGACCUGGAAAAAUGACCGGAUCACCGUGAAUUAUCGUGAUGAGAUUGUCUGCUACGCUAUUGAAGUGAACGGGCUAUUUCUACUCCCUGUUCAAUCCUCUCUUCUACCUACAUCAGCGAACAACAUCAUCGCCUGCAAUGUUGAUUUCAAUCACCCUGUCUGGUCAUGGCACGCCCGUCUAGGCCACCCCAGCAUCGAAGCCAUGCGCAAACUUCUGCAACACUCGACAGGAAUGAAUCUCACGGACGCACAGCUGAAGGCUAAAGUCAAGGAGAUAUGCCCUACAUGUGCCACAACUAAAGCCAUCGUACGAAUUCCAAGAGACCCGGCGAGCCGGGAAUUUGAGGAGCCUGGUGACCUGAUGCACGUGGAUAUAUGGGGUCCCUAUGCGAUUCCUAGCUAUGAUGGGACCGCAUACUUUCUCUUCUGCACGGAUGACACAACACGAUAUACUUGGGCCAUUCCCCUGUCGACUAGAGAAGGUGUUGCCAAUCGGUUGAUGAUUCUCCAUAGGGAGAUUGAAAAAUACUUCAAGAUCAAGAUUCGAUCUUACCGCCUCGAUGGUGAAAUCGCUAAAGCAAACGUAUUCAAGGACUGGGCCCAGCGAAAGGGUAUCGUUAUCGAGCCUUCUUUCCCCUAUGCACACUACAUGAAUGGAGUAGCUGAGCGCGUCAAUCGUACUAUUCGCGAUAAGGCUGCAACUUGCAUCCAACAUCCUCGUCUUCCCGAGAUCAUCAUUCGCACGUUUGACGCUCGAAUGCAGGAAUUUUUACGCAAUUGCCAGGUCCCUGAGAAACUUUGGCCUGAAGCCAUGUUACAUGCUGUCCGCCUCAAAAAUCGUACUCCUACCCGUGUUCGCAAGACCUACAAAACACCGUGGGAAUUACUCAGGGGAACGAUUCCGGAUCUAUCGUGCGAGAAGGUCUGGGGGAGUGUAGCUUUUGUGACGACACCACCCGAGACGCGUGGAGUCACUGAUAAGCUGCACACCCCACGAGGCUGGCAAGGCAACAUCGUCGGAUGCAUCGGCGAAUGCGGUUACAAGAUCUAUGAUCCACAGAGAGACCAGGUAUUUCGGAUCUCUAUGCCUCGUGUUGAUCCUUCAAUACAGGUAAACGAUGAAUUCUCUGGCGAAGACAUUGAUGAUGAAGAAGGCUCCGUUUUGAGCGAUCAAGAUCUACCACCCCCAAAUGACGAACUAUUGAAUGUUGAUGAUGACGACUUGCGUAUCGAUAAUCAAGCUACCACCCGCUCCCCGUCGCGAUAUUCGCCAAUUUCAUACCCUGCACGCCGCCCAUCAACUCCAGAGCGGGACGCAAUCGCCAGAUCAAGUGCUGAAAUUGAACAUAUGCGGAGACAACAGACUCCUGUGGUUGAGGAUAGCCAUAAUCCCCCCACACCUAUUCAGCAUAACCCCUUGGGACAAAACGAUCCUGAAGAUGUUGAUCUUGUACGAGGCGUUAUGGAAAAUUUUGAUCUUGAAUCUGACGGUGACCCUUUUGACUACGGGGGAGCUGGCAAUGUACCCAGCGAAGACGGUGAUGAGAGCGAAUCACCAUCCCAACCGAGCACCUUAGAGGCACCCAUCAGAUCACACUUCUUCGGCGGAUAUGUUGCAUUUAUGACCAUAGGCAACAAGCGCAAGAGGCUUGAUGAUGACUUAAGUCGGUCUGGCGACAAUGAUAACGAAGCAGGAAGUGACGUGUCUGAAGAUGUUGUUCUUGAUAAAGAUCGCGCAAAGGCAGCCCGACUGGAAGAAUUCUCUCUAAGACAAGAACAAGAAACUAGACGCAGAAAGUGGCUGGAAAGCCUUCCGAGCGCUAACUCAAUUGGCCAAGAAUACCGAAGCCAGAAAAAUGCUCCAUAUGCUCCUCCACUCGAACUUCCCGAGGCAAUUGGUGCUAUUCCGAACUUGUCAUGCAUUGCUACUGCUGGGCAUAUUCGUCCUCGCCGAUGCGUCGAUAUUGACGUGGAUAACCUUGUUACCUAUGUCUACCCUGUUAAGAAAGACGAGAUCGAAGCUUGGCGCCGAAAGGAUCCUGGCGAUGAUGGCCUCCAUCCCUGUCGAUAUUGUGUCGUCAUGAAAGAAAAGAUUGCUUUUUGCAAAUUCUACACGAACAAUGAUGAUGGUAUGGCUGUUAGAAUACCUACGUUGCGCUGGAAACUUCAAGACAAUGAGGUUGUCCUAGACCCAGAUAUUCCGAGUGAGUUCACUUACCGCGACUUACGGAGUAAAGGAGCACUAUCUUUUCGCUUUGUUAAAGCGAACUAUUCCAAAGAACGACGAGGAAAACAACUUACCGAACGUGUGCUGGCAAUAGCCAAGGGAUCAGACUCCGACGCAAAUUCUGAUGACGAUAUAUCACCCGACACUCUCUGUAGGACUGUUGAUCAUGCCCUCGACGAUUCGCCCGCAAGUCUGGCAUUUCGCGCUCUAUUUCCAAUCGCAUACGAACUUAUUCCAACUAGUGGGAGAGGCCUAUUAUGCGGAUUACACGCCGCUAUACACUCUCUUCGUGCUAUGAAGGACGCUGGACAUGAUAUACCUGUCCCAGACUUUGAUGAGCUUCAUGGUUGGCUGCGGUCUGAUGAAUUUUAUGCUCGCAUGGUCGAGGUCGGUCUCCACAAUACCAACAAUCUUCAUGUCGAUCAAGUCAGUUUAGCUGUGCAAAUGUGGGCUGAACGCACUUAUGGGUUACCUUUGAGAAUGGGAUAUGUCAUGCCUGGUCAUGCCCCUGUUCUUACACCGUACGCAGAGCUACAUCAGGGAGCUGUCUCUGGAGAUGUCCAAACAUUCUUCAUUCACAACGAUAAUGCUUCUGAAUCGGACCCCUCGCGCUUGAACCAUUUUGAGGGGAUGAGAACUGUUAACGAGUCAUGUGAACGAUCUUCUUCGGUUGAUUGUGCCUCAGACUACGAUUUUGACAAUGAUGAAGAAUAUCAUGACGAACCUACUACGACAUCCGAGAUUGCCUUCGACAAUGAUGAAACUGUGGAUACACAUGAUUCACUUUCAACGUCUAUUGCCAAGAUUCGAAGCUUUGCGAGCAAGUUUGCCGGUCUCUCCCUCAGGAAUGUACCGGCCCCUGAACCGAGAUCCUACACCGAAGCACGUCAAUCCCCAGACUGGCCCCGAUGGGAAACAGCUAUGCUUAAGGAAUGGGAUAGUGUAAAGGAAAAGCGUGUCUUUGAGGUUGUUGAUCUACCUGACGGUUGUAAACCUCUCACACUACGCUGGGUCUAUAAGGAAAAGCUAGGACCUACUGGUGAGAUUGUCAGAUGGAAAGCACGUGUGGUAGCUCGAGGUUUUCAGCAAGUGGAAGGGGUUGAUUACUUCCAGACCUAUGCCCCUGUUGCGAAACACACGACAUACCGAAUCUUGUUUGCGAUAGCAUCUUACCUGGGAUGGGACAUUCAUCAGGUUGACAUCAAGACUGCCUUCCUCAACAGCCUUUUGAAGGAACGAGUCUAUGUGCGGGCUCCGCAACACUUCCCAGUUGAGAAAGGCAAAGUACUUCUUUUGAAGAAGGCUUUAUAUGGUUUGAAACAGGCAUCCAGAGGAUGGUAUGAUACAUUCAUGGUAACUCUUCUAGCCCUUGGCUGGCGUGUCUCCCCCUAUGAUCCGUGCCUGUUCAUUCAAGAGAACCUUCAGCUCUAUUUGGUGCUGUGGGUGGAUGAUAUCCUCUUGUUUGGGAGUCAGAUUUCGAACAUUCAAGCUUUCAAGAAUGAUCUCAUCUCCAAAUUCGAUAUGACGGAUGAAGGUCAAUGUUCUUGGUAUCUUGGUAUGCAGGUUGACCUCAGUCUUGGAGAGAUAUCGAUAUCGCAAUCCACUUUUGUCAAACAGGCUUUGAUCAGAUACGGACUCGAGGAUAUACCUAUCGCACCCUCUCCUGGAAACGCCAACCUACGACUACGAAAAUCUCGGCCUGUUGGCGACGAUUGUGACCCUCAAUACAUCUCGAAGAAAGCUGAUGAAGUAUUCCUCAAGCAAUAUCAAGCAAUGGUGGGCACUCUCAAUUGGCUUGCUAUGAUAACUCGACCUGAUAUUGCGCACGAUACUGCUCUCGUUGCUCGAUUCUGUGCAGACCCUUGUCUACAACAUAUGGACGCUGUCGUACGGGUUUUCGCAUAUCUGAAGGGUACAGAUGCACCUCACGGAUUGCAUUUUCGACAAGAAUCCUUCGAGCUUGUCGGUUACUCUGACAGUGAUUAUGCGAACUGUGAAGAUACUCGGAGAUCGACCACAGGUUGGGUAUUCAUGCUCGGUGGCUCACCUAUCUCAUGGAAAUCUCAGAGACAACGCUCUGUUACUACAUCCACUUGUGAGGCCGAGUACAUGGCAGCAUCUGAAGCAACAAAAGAGGCCGUUUGGCUACGCAAUAUCAUCAAUGACCUCAACAUUCCAGGCAUCUCUGUUGAGAGUGUUCCUUUGUACAUUGACAACAAGGCAGCAAUCGACCUCGCCGAAAACCCUCUCAUACAUAAUCGGACAAAACAUAUCGACAUUCGGUUCCACUUCAUUCGGGAGAAAGUUGAAAGUGUUCCAGGGGUCCAGCAAGGCUCUACCAACUUCUUGGUCUCGGCUUUGAUGAUAAAAUAUCCUGACGCCGAAGUUCUCCACAAGGGCUGGUUCUUGUGGCUGCUCACGAGCAUUGGCAUGAUCUUUGCCAUGAUUCCAAACAUCUACAACUCGAAGUUGCUCCAGUACUAUUUCCGCUUUGCGGUCGCAAUCUUCUUCUCGCUCUUCUUCAUGUACUGGAUCUGGUUUCCAAUCAAGGCUUCCGAGAAGCAUUUCAACAGCAGCCGAGGGGCGUUUGAUUUGUUCUACAACGGCAUCAAUUUGGGAGACAAGAAGCAGGCCUCAGAUGGGUACUGUUGGGUCAUUUCCGUCCUGUUCGGAGCUUGGGUCUUCUACGGGUACGACGCCUCUGCGCAUCUGGCUGAAGAAACCAAGCAAGCCUCAACCGUUGUCGCCAAAGGGAUCUACAUGUCCACUUUCUCGGCCUGGAUCUUGUCGGUGCCUACCCUCAUCAUCAUUCUUUUCUGCAUGCAAGAUUUUGAAGGUAUCAUCUCAGCAACUUAUGCAAAUAACUGGGCGGAGUAUCUCGUUCAGCUUAUUGGAGAGAACGGUGCGGUCGCCAUCCUCUCGCUGCUCUGGGUCGACAGCACGUGCGCGACAGCGAGUUGCUUCAUGUCAGCCCAGCGAGUUACUUAUGCCAUCUCCCGCGACGGGGUGCUCCCCUUCAGCUUCUUCUUCAGGAAGCUCUCCAAGCGCAAGAUGGCGGUAAAUGCCGCACUGCUCGUGUUCUGCAUGUCUGUUGCCAUCACCACAGCCGUCAUUGGUUCCACAGUCGCAUUCUCAGCAAUCACGGCUACCGCCACGAUCGCCACCAACUUCUCGUAUCUGAUCCCUAUAAUCGCGAGACAGACAGUGGGACGCAAGUCGUUUGUGCCGGCGAAGUGGAACUUGGGAAGGUUCUCUGCACCACUGGCCACUAUAGCCACGGUAUACAUCUUGUUCCUUUUUGCAGUUCUUCUCCUGCCACAGUUGUACCCGGUGGACGCGGAAACUCUGAACUAUGCGCCUAUUUGCAUUGGUAUUAUCACAGUCAUUAGCUUGGUGGGAUGGUUCUUCCCCGUAUGGGGUGCUAUGCACUGGUUUCAAGGACCGAUCAAGACAAUCACCGAGGAAGAGUUGCGAAAUGCCCGGGUUGAAGGAGGAGUAGCGACGGUUGAGGAAGGAGAUGCCCUAGCAAACUUUGACUUUGGACAUCGGCGGAAGAGUGUGACGCGGACGAUAUAG